ACACAUAUACUACUCCGUCCGUAUGUGGACCUACCUGAGAGAUUUACCUGUACACUCACACACGCAUUGUCAUGUAAACAUGACGGAUCUUACUGGUGGUUAGUGUAAUAUUGGAUAAUACGUUCAAUUUUCACCUGAGGAUAUAUAAUGUCUGGGGAAGACUCGGAUGUUCCUGUCCGGAUAGAUGUCCGGGAAGGCAAAAGAGAAGACGGGACGUAUUCAUACGCUUUUACGUAUGAAAGAGCGACAUUGUAUGAGUUUAAAUUUGACCGAGCAGCCUAUCCUGCUGCAGUGGACCCCUGUCACAGGUGUUACAAAUCCACCCCUAUCCACGACCAGGUGAAUGUCGGGGUACUCUUCCACAGACAAUGUUUCCGAUGUCGAGUGUGUGGGAUUCCCCUGACCAUGCAGACUUUCUACAGGAACGAUGCCAAUGGCACGAACGACAGGGAAGUGUACUGUAAAACCCACGUGGGGAAGGGCAUCCGUCAGAUCCAGGCGGAGGGACAGCCCAUAGACGUCACACACGCCCUACCCCCGGGGGGUACCCAGCACGUUAUACAGCUUGCAGGAAAGUCGGCAAAACUGCCGGGUCUUCCAUCGUCUCGAAGCGGAUCCGGAAGUCCCAGACCUACACAUAGCCCUCGAAACAGUCCCCGGUCCAGUCCUCGUCCGGGGACACCUAAGAUGGCCACCAGUCCGGCGGAUUCUAGUCUGGUCAGUGUGACUCCCCGGAGUAUGAACGGUACAUGGAUGUCUGGGACCAUGCACAACACCAGUCUAGACUACAGCAGCAUGUCGAACAGUCGCUACCACCGUCCUCGACCACCUCUUCAGAGCUUUCAGGACUUCAGCGACACUGGAGUGUUCUCGGCGCAGGCCACACUGGAACAGCGGCAUCGCGAGGAAGAGGAUCGUCUACAACGCUUCCUGUUGGAGGAGCGUGAGAAGGAGACACGUCGGUUGGACGAGAGUAUCGGCCAAGAGAAAGAGGUGGCCGCCAUGGAACUUCUGACGGCCUUCGACCAGAUGCGUCUACAGGGCCAAUCCCCGAACCUGAUGGCGGAGCGAGAGAGGAUAGAGGAUCACUUCAACAAGUCCCGCGAGGAACAGUUGAAGACCACGAUUGACAAGAUCGCCGCGGAGGAGAAAACGAGGUCAGCCAAAAUGUUGGAACGACACGGCAUGGAAAUGAUGCAGCUUAUCGCAGAGAAGGAUAGGGUGUUGGACCGCAGUGCCCUUUUCGACCAUACGAUGAGACCGGCUGUUGUUCCCCCUGAAAGCAAGAAAGCACAACUGUACUCUAGUCCUGCACAAUUCGAGACCAUUGACAAAAGAGCAAUAGAGAUCGCAAAAACUGACUACGGAAGUUUUACAGAACUAGUGAGAGAUCUGACACGGGAUUGUGCAAACGAACUUCAGAAAGCCAGGGCCCUGUUCCGAUGGGUGAUUGCAAAGGACCUAGGUAAACACAAUGUUCACGAAAUCAUCCGUCCAAACGCAAGAGCUUCUAUAUUGAGGGGCGUCCGCAGUGGCAAGGAGACAUAUCACCAACUCUUCAAGAAGCUCUGCAACUUUGCCGGACUGCACUGUGAGAUUAUACUGGGGUUUUCCAAGGGUGCUGGCUACAAACCAGGCAUGCGCAUUGAAGGUGCGGCUUUCAGAAACUCGUGGACAGCUAUUGCCAUCGAUGGAAACUGGCGAAUUGUCAACUGCACGUGGGCAGCACGUCAUGUGACUGGUCACAAGGACGACCUGCCCCAGAUGUUUCAUAAGUACGAUGAGUUUUAUUUCCUGACGGACCCCGAGGACUACAUCUACCAGCACUAUCCAGACGACUCAGCGUGGCAGUUGAUGGACAUUCCUCUGCCAUUCUCUGAAUUUCAAAAUCUGCCAGUUGUGAAGUCGCCAUUUUUUAACUAUGGAUUAAAGUUCUAUUCCAAUUACGGUGCUUCAUUGAAUACGGACACUGGAAUGGUUGAGAUUCGAGUGAUAACGCCGAAAAUCCUGGGAUUCGGCUCGUUAUUGGAGCCCUACGACAAAUCUGGUGAUAGUUCAAAAUCUAUUGAAGGUCGGACUUUACUUCGGCUGGUUAAGAAUGAGGCAAUAUUUACCAUAAACUUACCCAAAACUGGUCUGUACCAGUUUUCCGUAUACACUGGAGAUUACUGGCAAUCGGAGUGUCUUGAGAGCGCAUGCUCGUUCUUAGUGAACUGUAAACAAAUUUUAGGUGUGGCCUCACCUACCUAUCCCCCAGUCCCGUUUUAUGGCCCGACUCCCGUGAUAGAGAGGCUGGGGAUCAAAGAGGAAAACCAGCUCGAUCCAUUGAUCGUCUCCAACGGCGAGAACAUGGAGAUCAGCUUCAGCUUAUGUGAGAAGAUUAAACUCACUCACACGUUUCAAUAUUUUGACGUCAGUGACAAUUCUGUUUCGGACAUCGACCGCUACGUGUUCCUAAGGUCACGGACGGACGCUCUGGCCAAUUAUAUGGUCAGGUGUCCGAAGGAAGGAUUCUAUAUCUUCUCGCUCUAUGCCGCAGACGGCGAGAACGAGGCUCAGACUCUUGACUGUGCUUACCGGUACUUAAUCAUCUGCCAAGAACCAAAUCCAGCCGUUAAUGUAUUCCCUAAAACGUUCCAUCGCUGGCAGCGUUGCACCUUACAUGAACCAGUGUCAGGUGACCUGAUGACGCACAAGCGUUAUACGUUCCGAGUGGACGUACCAAAGGCGGUAGAGGUGUUCCUGGUCAUCGGAGAAAUCUGGCACCACCUAAAACGGAAGCUUGCAUACACAUUUGAGGGAAACAUCAACACCGGAAGUACACCAUGCACGGCGAAAAUAUACGCUCGGUUUUCGAAUGAUCGCGAGUCGUCGCUGUUUGCUCACCUUCUUGAUUAUGAACUGGUAGACGAUGCGGAAACUGAAAUAUAAUUGACAUUUAUGAGAUGGUAACCCUGGCAACACAUCAAGUAUAUUAAUUGGUGUUAUCACGUCUUGUUUCAAUUAGAUAUAUUAAAACGUCUUAGAUCAGAAUUCUUCCCAAAUACGUAAGAAUUUACUAUCUGCUUUGUAACAUGGCUUCCCAUUUUAGUGCUCUUUCUUUGAUAUCCUGGCUUCAAGUCGUUAAUCAUAGCUUAGUAAACUUCAGUUUAAACUUAUCAGUUAUGAAUUCGCUACACGUUUGCAGCAUUGUUUGAGGUGGUAUAUUCAUCCGCAUCACAUGGUUAAAAUUUAGAAUAAAAAUAAUGAUACUUUGACGUUGUCUUGUAAACACCAUGUGGAGUAUAUUUCAGUUCUGAAUAAUUCCCGACACUGCAGAGUACAUAUGGCCAAUAAGAGUAGGCCUAGAGCGGUACGGAAUGUCACCAAACUGUAACAAUAUCGUCCCAUACAGAGACAGUUCUCACUAAUGUGAUAGUCUGGAUAAACCUGCAGGAUGGUUAUGGUCUGAUAAUGUGGUGCUAUGUACAGUACCUAAUGUGGUUUCCAACACAGGGACAAAUAGUAAUGUGGCCAGUCAGAGGAGCGUCGUUGGAUUACAAGAUCUGUCAUAGCUAAUGUUCUUCAUUGAUGGAUUUUGUUAUCUAUUUUGAAAGCUUACAAGGCACUAGCUUUAGCCUUUAUUUAAUUUAAACAAAGAUGACUGUUUGAUGAAUUUUAUAGAAAUGCAUUAUCGGGGCAUUUUUGUAGUAGCAGUUAAAGUGUACAUGUAUAUUGUGAUUAAAAUAAUAUAUGAAUGAUUUUGUACAAAUUACAAACAUGAUUAAUUUGUAAAGGCAGCAGUUCGAUAUUCUUAGAUCACAUGCACGUGUGGUUCGUUCAGAAACAACACGUGGUAGAGAUGUUAUGUGCCAUUGUAUGUAGUCUAAUGUUGUAAUACAUGUAGGUAUACCACGUACUCGUGUUAACCAUUGUCAAAGUCAUUAGCAUAUUGGACAUCGUAGUAUCCAACAAGUCACUGACUUCAGUUUAACAUACCUGAAGACCGAAUUUUAAAAACUCUAACGCUAACAAUACCAACAACAAAAUGAGAGUACGCCUGACUGACUCGCAUUAUGUUUAAAUUACAUGAUAUCAAUAAAUGUAUUUGGCUUCUUAUAAAAAGGUAUGAUGUCCUGCUAUGUUUUCAUGAAACCGUAUAUCUUUACAUAAAUCUGCCUCAUCAGUUUGGGGAUGAUCCUAUUAUUAUUUGUGGCGGUAUAUGGUCAUUCUUCAGGAUAUUUAUUUGAUUUAUUUAUCAGAGUCGAUAACAAACCAUCAUGCGUUUUACGUUCACACUGUUGUCGAAUUUCAAUAUUUACAAGCCUUUAAAGACGAACUUUUCUGAUUCAGUCAAAAACAUAUAUCUCGACAAUACCAACAUGGUCUUCAUGGUCAAUACGGAAGCAUGCACCAUUUAAUGUUUCAUUUCAUUAAUGUAUAUUAACGUGGGUGUGUUGGGUGAACAAUUCGCAUUGUCGUAUCUUGGAACAAAUAAUAUUCGCAGAAAUUUCUUCGCAACUGACGAUAAUUUUAUGUUUUAGUGUGGUGUAGUUCCUAACUUUUUGUUACAUAUGGUAUAUGUUUAAACUAUUUAUUUGUGUGGACUAUACGAAGCUUUAUACGUAUGUAAAGUGUACGUCUAUUGUAUUUAUUGUGUAUUGUUAACUGUACAGCAGCUAUACCUGUUUUGUUUGUGUCUUUGUAUUAUACUCCCAUAAUUAUGUUGUUAUAUGCUUGAUGUGAAUGUAAUAAAAAUAGUACAAUACUA